AUGGAAACUAGCUCACAGAGUCUCUAUUUCCAACUCGGAGGCCGAACAGCUACAAGACGCGAUCCCCCCACGACACUCCUGCCCCGGCAGGCACCGCACCUUCCCCUCUUCCCCGGAAUUCCCAGUCCCGGCUGGGAGGCGCAGGGUACGGGCUGCAGGUGCCGCUCCCGCUGCCCCCUCCCCGAGCCUUCCACGCUCACGGCCGGCCUGACCGAGCCCACCCAGCGCUACCGGGAGCUCGCCCCGAGCCGGGGCCCGUCCCCCGGGCCGUGCUGCUCCCGGUGCCGCCCCCGCACACGGCUGUCCCGCGGCAGCGCCACUGCCCCGCCCCGCCCCGCAGGGCCCGGCUCGGCGGCACCGGGCGAGAGGGAGGAUCGCGGCCGCCCGGAGCCCCCGCCCCGCCCCGGUGGCGCCCGCCCGGUCCGGCCCCGGCUCACGGGGAGCCUGACGGCAUCGCCCCGCCCGGCACAGCGGCGCCGCCGGGCCCCGCUCCGCUCCCACCGGAGCCGGCCGCCGCCCCGGCCAGCGCCGCUCCCGCCGCCGCCGGUGCGUCUCGCAGGCCCCGGCCCUCACUUCCGCCUUUACCCGUUCCGCUUCCGGAUCCGCCCACCCCUUCCGCCCCCCGCCCCGCGCCCACAGGCGGCGGGAGCUGCCAAUCAUCGUGGCCCCGCCCCGCGGGGAUCCCGCCUCCCGGCGGGCGCACCGCCCCUCACGUUAGACGGGCGUGACGUCAUUGCGCGUCCGCGGGGGCUGCUGGGAGUUGUAGUCCGGCGUGUCCGGGGGCACCGGGAGCGGGGGGGACCCAGGGCGACCCCGGGCAGGGCAGAGACUCAAGCGGAGCCGGGGCUGGAAAAAUAG